UGCCGUUAAAACACGCUGCAAGUGUACAAUUCUCAUUUCCAUUUAAAUCACACUUCUUAUCCGCUUAUCAGUUACAUCACUAGUCAUUGAUAACCCCAUCUCUGUCUCUUACAAGGUGUUCGCGUUUGUGUGAAGAAGACGAAAGAUUCGAGUUUUCGAGUCAAGAAAAAUAGACGGUUUGUGCGGUAACGUGUUCAGUGGUCGGCACACCUGACGCGCGGACGGUCGAUCGAUAGUGCCUGCUGCCUCACUAACUCGGACAGAAUAUUUCGUUGACGAAUUCUCGGCAAGGUGUCGAGCGGUAGUGAUGUGUGUGAUGUAAGUCGAUAUCGAUAGCAAACAUGAUGACUAUGGACAUCGGGAUGUACAAUAACCAACAAAAUGGGUACAACGCGGAAUAUUACCAGCAAAACGGGUACCAGGCACCCUACGAAGGGUACCACGAGGGGUAUUAUGAACCUGGACAUUACUAUGAACCCGUGGCGGGCCCGCCGCCUCAGGAGCCUGCGCCCGUCAUCAGCACAGAUACGGGGCUAUGUUAUACCAACCUGGACUACGGGGAGCUGCAGCACGGCUAUCCUCUGGCACCUCCCACUUCGCAUAUCCCUCAUCAGCCUCGGCCAGAGGAGCUGCACCUCCACGAGCACAAGAUAGACAACCACUACCUCGAGAGCAAAUACAACAUGCACUUCGUCGACGACUCCUCGCUGCAGUACAGCCACGGCUCACCGCUGGCGUGCGGGGACUUUGAGGUGUACACUCCUAAAGAGGAAUUCGGGGUUUUGCGGGAAGGAUUCCCGCGCGAGGACCUUCAGGGACACCAGCUGACGCACCACCAACCCCACCACUCGCACACUGCCGUGCCCACCUACAAAUGGAUGCAAGUUAAAAGGAAUGUGCCUAAACCUUCCGUACCGAAGCUGAUGAUACCUCCAGCGGACUUUGUCAGUCAGGGAGUCCUUGGAAGUCCGCAGGAUGGGAUGCGGACCCCAACGGGUAGUCAGAUGCUGGCUAACCCACUCCUCAACCUGAACAACACUGGACGCACCAACUUCACCAAUAAACAACUGACUGAGUUAGAGAAAGAGUUUCACUUUAACAAGUACCUCACGCGGGCCAGAAGGAUCGAAAUAGCGUCCGCGCUGCAACUUAACGAGACCCAGGUUAAAAUAUGGUUUCAAAACAGAAGAAUGAAGCAGAAGAAGAGGAUCAAGGAGGGGCUGAUAGUGGCCCCGGAGGCCGCGACCUCCUCCUCCCACCCCUCCGCCAUGGGCUCCAACGAGAACAGCAGAGAGUCCAGCUAGAGUCUAAAGAACGUUUAUCAUUAAGUUUUGAUUGUGCUGUACUGAGUGCCAAAAUUUUACAUUUUCUAUUUUUUUAUUUGUACUUUUAUUUAUUUAAUCUAUUUAUUUUUAAUAUAAUAGAAACAUUGCGAGUCAUACAAUUAAUUUUUGCAUCCAAAAUUUAUGAGCGCUCUUCACUGAGGCAAUUGUUCGAGUACUAUAAUUCGAUUCGCUUUCGACUCAAAUUUAAACGGUAAUUACUACUCAAAUGUUUUUUUUUUCAGUUAAGUAACCUUUCUAUGUACAUAGAUAUAAAUAAUAUAGUAAACGAAAUAAGAACGAUUAAAAAUAUGUACAAUUUUGGCAAAUGGUAUUUGUUGUAAGUUAAUUGAAUGAAUAAUAGAAGUUACAAAGCAUUAUUAAAUAAUUUAAGGCAGAAUCGUUUUGAUAAUACAAGAGUUACAAAUACUUAAGUGUAAGUAUUUGAAUAUAUUUAAUUCGAGCUCAAAUAAAUGUAGAUUCAUUUAAUUAUUAAAAAUGAAUUAAAAAAUAAGUGCUUCUUUAUUAGGUUUGUGAAUUGUUUUUCGCGGGCGAAUAUACAUUUUGCGUUCAUCCUAAUCUUUUAAUUUUUUUCUUGCAGAGAGCUUUACUUUAGGGUUAUAUUUUCUUUUUCACUAAGAAGUCAGUUUCUAUUAUAAUGAAAACUACAUAUGGAGAUAAUAGGUCUUAAAAGAAAAGAUUUAAAAAUCAUAUUAUGGGUUUAAAGUUUUUCGCAACUACAUAUCUAUGUAUUAGUAGAUAUUUUGGCCAAUCGUAGGUACGUAAAACACUGAUCUAUGAAACAUUUUAACAUUCUUUGUGUUGCCAGCACAUAAAAUGGGUACCUUGUUGAAAUAAAUAAUAUCAGAUAAAUAUAUUUGUAUUGUUUAAUAUAACUAGCUGACCCGACUGACGUUGUUCUGUACAUAAUAAAUAAAACACUGUUUUUUUUUUUAUGAAUUUGUCAAUAAUAUUUCAUAAAAUCAAGAUCUAUUUCGUAAAAUAUGCUCCCUGUUGUUAUAAUGAAAUUGUUUCACAGCAAUAUCUACUUUCAAACCGUGCGUCAAUAAAUUCUCUCAUAUUAAAUCAUGUCCAUACAAUACAAAUAUUGGAAAUAAAAAUAAUUAUGAGUCCUAAAACGAAAUAAAAACUAUCCUAUCUCUCAAGUUGGACUAAACAGCACUCCAUGAAGUUAUCCCAUUAAAAUCCGUUCAUUAGUAUAGUUCACUAAAAAGAAACAUCAGUACACUGGAUUUUUUUAAUGAAUAUAAGGAACGAGACGAGCAGGACGUUCAGCUGAUGGUAAUUGAUACGCCCUAUAUAUUACAAUGGAGUGCCGCUGAGGAUUCUUGAAAAACCCAAAAAUUCUGAGCGGCACUACAAGUGCAUUCGUACAAGUCUCAUUUGCCCAGUAAUUUCACUAGCUACGGCGCCCUUCAGACCGAAACACAGUAAUGUUUACACAUGACUGCUUCACCGCAGAAAUAGGCGGUGCAAAGGAGCCUCUCACUGGUACAUGAAGACCGCGUAGACUUAUAAAUAUGCUAGCUAAUAAAGCGUGCGAGAGAGAAGAACAUAUCUAACAGAAAUACAGCAAGAUAGAAAAGAUAAGUGAAUCUAUUGUUACUAUUACCGAUUUUGUUUGACAAGUCGUAAACAGUCGGCCAGUUUUGGCAUUAGCUACUAACACUGACCUCUACUAUAUACCACUGGACUGGCGGCUGUUAAAGUGCUUUUGUGCCUGUUUGAUAUUCGCCAUUUUGGCGCUGUUGGCCAUGUAGCGAGAGUCUGCGGUACUAAAACUAGUGAUGACAGCCUCAGCAAACAUCGUUAAAUGGUGGGACUAACAUCGUUAAACUAUUUACAAAAAAAAUGUGUACUUUAUUACGUUGAUUAUGGAAGUAUAAAUGACACGCAAAACGAACGAAAUUAAUUCAAAAUGCAAAUAUACUUCAGAGUAUUGUACGUUCCUUCGCAGCCAUUUGUAUUAUACGUCAAAAUUAGUUCUCUGGACGCUUGCGAGUGGCGCUUCAAAUAGGCACAAAAAAUUUGCUGUCAAACGUAUGGGACAGCCUGUCCAGUGGCUAUUUAGUAUUUUGAAUAUUAAGCAACUAGGUAACGGACACACUGACAAUUGGUCUUGAAUUAUCGGGCUGUCACGUCGUCUAUGUAAUUCAAAGUCUAUGAGUACAAUAAUUUGUUAUACAAAAUAGUUUUAUAGGACACUCAAUUUGGCACAAAAAGACGUACUUUUUGCCUACAGUUUUUACUAAAGACAAUCUGUAAGCACAGUUUUGCCGUUCUGCUAUCUGACUGCGAAUGAUAUGUGUUGAGCUAACAGUAACUCAAUCAUAAGAUAAUAUAAUAGGCAUCUUAACUGUGGCCCAUGUCGCUUCAAAUACAUCCAUUAUCUCUGACUUCUACCAGUUUUAAAAAAAUUGCUUCCACAUAGUGUUACUACUUCAAUGAUUCAACUUGUUAUUUUAAAAUACGCUUCAGUUUUUUGAAGACAGUAUUAUAUAAUCUGCCUAUGUAUUUCAUUUUAUAUAUUAGUACUUUUUUAAAUUAAGAAUAGCUCAUCUGAACACGAUGUCAAUCUGUAAGAAAUCCUGACAUCUAAAAAUUUAAAUACAUGAAACUUUAUCAUUUUAUGCUUUUCGAGUUAGAAAAUUGUCUUUAAUUAUAAAAACCAAAGCUGAUUUAUUUAUUAAGCGUAUAUUGUAUGCUUUGUCGUAUGUAAUGUACAGUUCUAAUAAGUUUAGUUGUAUAUAAAGCAUCGCUGUAUAAGAUUGUGUGUAAAUUUUGUAUUGCUAACUAGUUAUGAGAUUUAUCAAUAAAUUAAUUUGUCUAUUUUCA